GUACAAUUGAGCCUCACUGAGACCUGAACCUCAAUCAAACUUGUGCUUCGCUGCUAGGUUCAUGAAAGCAUCAAUUGCCAUUUCCAACCUCAACGUUCGCAAUGGAGGGUUCGGACCCUCCUUCCCCAAAUAUCUUCGAGGCAGGCACGGAGUACAAACGCCUGCAUACUAUCGCUCUCUUGUUGAAGCCCGAAGUCAACCUUGAGAACGAGUUCGCUGUUGCUGUGCUUCAACAUACCCAAAACUCGACUGAUUGCUCCUCUGGGGACUUUCUAUGGUUUAAGGUGAAAAGCAAACACUCCGUCUCCAAAAUUAAACGUGCUUACCGCAAGAGAACCAACGUCGAGGUCGAUUUCAAACUCGCAAACAAUCCAAUUGGUGAUGCUGUCCAGAUGAAGGACCUUAAUCUUUUGAAAGAUAACAUCGUGGUCUUCACCGCGCAUGAAGCAGGCCAUGCCUCACCACCUUCAGUUUCGAGGGCCCCUCUACAACGCCUCAAUACUCAAGUCUCAGCAAACUUGACCGCAUCGAAUGUUGCUAAGGAUAGCAUCCUUGCCAAGGCAGAACAAUCGUACACAUCUCCAUACGCAGUUUCUCCAUCCGUGCCAGUGAAGGACGAGAAUGGGGACAUGUUUCCAAGAUCACAAGGACGAAGUCAGACUAGAGAUACCCCAACCAGACUUGGACGUAACCUCACCGCUCCCUCGGGCGCCCCCUCCCCUAAGAUCCCUGCCACAAGCAUGGUCAAGAGUGAGACUCACAACAGUGAAGAGACUUCAAUGAGUGGAAUUGCUGAGGCUUCAGCGACCCUUGUGUCCCCAAAUAAACCCUCACAUAAUGAGCGUGUGCAGCACCUCAACGAGAACGGCUCUCCCGAAGAGUUGGAAGCUGAAGUGAAGAACAGCCAAAAAUUUCUCGAAACUCUGAAGGCUCAGUUGGCAAGCAUGCUGUCUGUGAAUGAAGCCGCGCAGUAUUUUGCGCAACAAAUCAAUGAUCUUCUGAGCCAAAAAGUUGAUACGCCGACAAUUAUCGGUGUUGUCGGAAACACAGGGGCUGGCAAGAGUUCAGUGAUCAACGCUAUGCUCGAAGAGGAACGUCUGGUUCCCACCAAUUGCAUGCGCGCCUGCACGGCCGUUGUCACAGAAAUGUCCUGGAAUUCGAGUGAAGACGAGAACGAGAAGUAUCGCGCACACAUCGAGUUCAUUGGAGCUGCAGAUUGGGAGCGUGAUCUGCGUAUUUCGCUGACCGAGUUGAUCGACGGCAAUGGCCAGGUGUCUCGAGAGUGUACCAACGCAGAAUCAGAAGCAGGUAUCGCAUACGCAAAGAUCAAAGCGGUGUACCCUCAGAAGACAAAGGAAGAGCUUGCUUCCAGUACUGUGGAACAGCUUAUGAACGAGCCUGGCAUCAAGGAAGUGUUGGGCACUGUUAAGAAGGUUGCUAAGGGUAGCCCCGAAGCUUUCUAUCGUGCGUUACAGCAUUAUGUGGACAGUAAGGAGAAAGCCACCGCGGACUCCAAAAAGAAGAUCGUAAACGGCGAGAAGAAGCAAACAGAAUGGUGGCCACUUAUUAGGGUUGUUCGUAUCUUCACAAAAGCCGAAGCCCUAAGCACUGGAGCAGUAAUUGUUGACUUACCUGGUGUUCACGACUCGAACGCAGCACGUGCUGCUGUUGCCGCAGGAUAUAUGAAGCAAUGCACGGGCCUUUUUAUUGUGGCACCGAUAAACCGCGCUGUUGAUGACAAGGCUGCGAAGUCUCUCUUGGGAGAAUCCUUCAAGCGUCAACUUAAGUUUGACGGCACUUAUCCUCGUAUUACAUUUAUUUGUUCCAAGACAGAUGAUAUUUCAAUCAUCGAAGCAUCCGAUAGUCUUGGCUUAGAAGAAGAGAUGGCCGCAGACUGGGAGAAGAUCGAUGAACUUGAGAAGGAGCAGCGGACGCUCAAGCAGUCGGUGAAAGACCUGAAGGAGUCAAAGGCGGUGUACACAGAACUGAUCAACGAUGCUGAGGAUGGAAUGGAGGUCUGGGAAAAAUUGAAGAGCGAACUGGAGGAUGGAAAUGAGGUAUUCGCUCCAUCGGGUGCCGCGAGGAAGAGGAAGCGUUCUGCAGAGCCUUCAAAGUCUCGCAAGAAGUCGAAGAGAUCAAGAGUAAACUCCGACGAUGAGGACGAUUUCAUUGACGACGACGAUGAAGAAGAGGAAGACGCAAAUGACUGGGACGUCGAAAGCAAUUCAGAUAUUGAGUCUGAGACAGGAGAUCCGCUGACAAUGGACCUAAUUGAAGGCAAACUCGCUCAACUGAAGGAUGACAAGAAGAGAGCCCGCCAAGAAAAGAUUGAAAUUGACAACAAGAUCAAGAAACUCAAUCAGGAACUGAAGGUCUCAGAGAAAGCUCAGGGAGAGAUCGAAACCGCCAUGAGUGCGUUGUGUAUCGGGGGACGAAACAAGUACUCCAAGAGCGCAAUUCAACGGGAUUUUGCUGAUGGUAUUCGCGAACUCGACAUGGAGUCUGCUCAAGAAGAAGACCCAGAAAAGUUCAACCCCGAUGAGGAGCUUAGAGACUACAGUGAAGUAGCCCGCUCAUUACCAGUCUUCUGUGUUAGCUCUCGUGCGUACCAGAAGCUUCGAGGUCGUCUGCAACGAGACAACAAAGUUCCAGGGUUCCGCUCGACCGCGGAGACAGAGAUUCCACAGCUCCAAGCUCAUUGCAAGAAGCUCACCGAAGCAGGAAGAGCUUCAAACUGCCGCAACUUUCUCACCCGCCUGAGUCAGCUCCUGAACUCGUUGAGACUAUGGGCUGCGAACGAUGGCACCGGACUAAAUCUGACCGACACACAGCUCGCGGCCGAAACACGCUUCUUGAAUCUCAGACUGAAGACUUUGGAGAAGUCUCUCUACGCUGCCGUUAAAGAUUGCUUAAAGGAGAUGAAUGAGGCUUUAGCUGAACACAUCUUCGAGAAAUAUGAGCAAUUAAUUGAGGGUGCCAUAUCAGAGGCAAAUGCAACUGCAAGCAGAUGGCAUAGCCCUAUAAAUCGUGAGAAUCGUCAUCUUGGUGGCUACUUUUGGGCAACAUACAAAGCCAUCGUGAGACGUGAUGGUGUUUUUUCAAACGCCCAAGGCCUUCAGGACCUCAACUUUCAAUUAAUUGAGCCAAUCAUUAAGAAUUUGGGUAGUCAUUGGGAGAGAGUCUUCGCCCAGAGGAUGCCUCGAGUGCUCCAGUCCUUUACCAGAGCAGCCAAAUCUCUUUUGAACGCUUUUCAUCGUGAGAUCGAGUCACGAAGCAUGAAGUCCGGAGCUGGAAGUGCUGGCAUAGCACUGCUUGGCCAACAACUUCGUAACUACGAAAACAUUUUCAGACAAGUCUCACAACAAAUGAUCGAGCUCAUCAACAAUCUGCAGAGAGAAGCAAAUCGAGAGUUCACUCCCAUUAUUGCUCGUAAUCUCUCCACUGCUUACGACUGGUGUGCAAAUGAAAGCGGUCCAGGCCAGUUCAAGAGAAUGCAGAGCCACAUGGCCAGUCAUGUCGAUACUGCUCGUUCAGAAAUGUUCCAGGAGAGCUGCGACGAAGUUCGAAAUCGGUUGUUAGACAUGUGCAAGCAAGUCGAGGAAGGGAUGAGCCUUCAAACAGACGAGAUUUUCAUGAGAAUGCAGCGAGAUUAUACAGAAGUGGUUUCGGGAACCCGACUGCCUCAAGGGCAGAUGAUGCCCAGGCAAGAGCGGAAGAUGAGAUCCGAUGUUACCCAAACCAUUGAAGAUUUCGAAAAAGAGUCAGCAGAGGCUCAGUUGGCUGCGGAAGCUGCUAAGUUAGCUGUCGAGGAGGAGCAAAAGAAUCUGGCGGAUUCUGCUGAAGAAGAAUCUUUGAAUCUGAUAACGCGGUCUCCAGCGACAACCGGGAGACCAAUGUCCGAGGACCGGCUAUGAAAGUCGAGAACGAACCUACUCCAGAAGAUAGCGAAGGACCGCGUUGUCUCAGUUUUGCUGAUGACGAGGAUGGCUAUCUAGAAAUGCUCGAGGUACGAAAUUUGUAGAGUAUUCGCUUGCGGUUGGCGUCUUUCCCCCGGCGUUUGUUAUUAUUCCCUUGUUGCGUCAUUUACUGGGCCGGCUUUCUUUGUCCUUCGAUUUGCAUGGGUGGCAAUUUUAAUACCAAAAGUAGAGGGAGAGAUUAGAUUAGUAUUAGGUACAUUACCUCACGGUAUGGCUUUUGGAGAAUUGGCAUUGUAAUUUAUCUGUAAGAAUGAAUUCAUGGUACAUAGUACAGUACAUACG